UUAUUAGUAUUAAUCAAGUUUUCAUUUUGUUUAUUUUUUUUUUCGCAGAAGAGGAAACAGCUAAUGAAGCUCCAUGUAACUACACCAAUGGCAGAUGGGUACGUGACAAGAUGGGGCCUUUAUACAAUGGCACAACCUGUGGUACAAUCAAAGACGGUCAAAAUUGCAUCUCCCAUGGGAGACCAUAUUUGGGUUACCUUUACUGGCGAUGGCAACCGAGCCAAUGCGAGCUCCCGAGGUUUGAUCCCAACACUUUCUUCAACCUCCUUAGUAACAAGCACAUAGCUUUUGUUGGUGACUCUAUGGCUAGGAACCAUUUGGAAUCACUCCUUUGCAUGCUGGCCACCGCCUCGAAUCCUAACCUGGUUUACUCCAACGGGGAGGAUAACAAGUUCCGGCGAUGGCAUUUCGAUUCUCGGAACGUUACUGUUUCGGUUUAUUGGUCACCGUUUCUUGUUAGAGGUGUUGAGAAAUCAAAAACUGGCCCGGAUCAUAAUGAAUUGCAUGUUGAUGUUGUCGAUGAGAGGUGGGGAUCUGAUUUGGACCAUUUAGAUAUGGUUGUACUCUCAAUUGGGCAUUGGUUCCUUCAUCCGGCUGUUUAUUAUGAGGGUGGUUCGGUUUUAGGUUGCCAUUCCUGUCCUGGAUUGAACCUAACCGAGAUAGGCUUUUAUGAUGUGAUGAGGAAGGCAAUAAAGACCACUCUCCAUACUAUAAUCGGAAGGAAAGCUGGUAGCGGUGAUGGAAUCGAUGUGUUUUAACCAGUUUUUCACCUUCACAUUUCGAAGGUGAAUGGGAUAAGGCUGGUGCUUGUCCUAAGACAGAGCCUUACAAGGAAGGAGAGAAGAUGGUUGAAGGAAUGGAUGCGGAUAUGAGAUCGAUUGCAGUCGAAGAAAUCGAAUCUGCUAAGGUGAAUGCAA